UAGCUUCCCUCGGCCCCAAUAUUGGAUAUCUGGCCCAUGACUCGGGCGCGUAUGACGACUGCGGCCAGUAGCAUAGGCCCCGUAUUGAGGCACCCAUUCCAAGUCUCUACUCAGACUGACACCGGAGAAUUGUAUUCGGACUUUCAUUUCAUGCUAUGCUUUGGAAUCCCCAUGGUCCUCUCUACCAUUUGGCUCGCUUGGUUGCUUCUGAGAGAGUGUGUUUCUUGGUAGGGGUACCUAGGUACAAACACCCACCUGCAGGUACCCGGGUACUGCUGUCAGGAGCUAUGACCUCACCCUCCCGAUCGGCAUCUAGAGUGCUUUCAUCCCAUCAACACCAAGCUGUCUUGCCCCGCGACCGUUCGCGAUCUCGAUCAGAGUUACCCCUUACAAUGGUCACCAAGGGUCGCUGGCAAUAGUUCAGACGCCACACCACCCAAACAACGCGGUCGCACGCAGGAAAGCGGGUUGCUGUCAGAGCACAGCCAGACAGCCAUGGCCCCCAUCCGAAGAUACCUCAGGAUAUCCAAGUACUCGGUGCUAGAGUGCCGCAUCUAUCUCGACAAUCCAGCCCUAGCGCACACAUGGCUCCUCAACCCCCGCGAUCCGGUACUGCCCAAGGUCAUCGAGAGCGUACGGCCGCUGGUGCUCCCCAAGCUGCGCGAAGAGAGGGAGCGUAGCCGCAAGAAGAGCACGAAAAAGCGUGGCAUCAAGGAUAUCGUGGUUGAGGACGACUUCGAGGUGUCCAUCUUCCUGACCGAGACGAGCACCAGGCACUCGCUGCUGUACAAGCACAAGCACUUCCGAGACACGACGCAGACCAAGCUGACGUCAAACUCGGCCAAGUUGACGGGUGCCUCCCGAGAGGCGCCGAUCGACGUCGAUGUUUCGGGUCAGACUGUUGAGGCGACCACAGUAGUGCGAGAGGAGGACCCCUACGAUGACGCAGUACCUCUCCGUGACAUACCGACAAUGGACGAAGAUGAAACAGCUCCAGCACGCGUCGGCUCGCCACCCUCAAUGCUGCCAUCAAAACGCCGCCGCGGGAGGGCCACAAGGCUACCCGGGGCAGAGGGCGGCGACAGUGCCGAGCAUGAUGCCGACGUCGUGAUCUCGGACGACGGCGACGACCUUUUUGUUGGCGGUGAUGACUCUGACGGCUCGGCAGCGGCGCCGCCUCCCGCCAAGCGUCGCAAGGAUGCCGCUAGUCCCGCCAGAGGCGAAGCUCAAGGCGACGACAAGAAGAAGCUAGCAAUGGACAUUCGGUACGAGGGGUUUUCUAUCUACGGCCGCGUCCUCUGCCUCGUCGUCAAAAAGCGUGAGGGUCUCACCACCACCACCACCACCGGGAGGAACGCUCCGGCCAAGGCCGGACGAAAAGCGGGGCAGUCGGCCGCGCCUGGCGGCGGCCAGGCUGUGAUGGAGAACUGGAUUACGUCCACUCAGAUGCCCGAGGUGGCCCCUGACGACAUUCCAGGGGCGUCUUGAAGGGCUGGAACCUCAAUUGAAACAAAUGUGUUCAAAAGCAAUUGCGGUGUCUUCUGUCGCACCGGAUGUCCGGUUCUGUUGAUGUCAGUUGAACUCUAAUCGUGUGACCUUGAGACGACAAGGCUGAGGCCCUCGCAUGACUCGCUGGGGUCUCAACCGCACAGUGCGGCAUCCCAUCAUGUGUAGUAGGGCCUGUCUGGACCAUUACGAUCCCGCUCGCACCAAUCAGCCGCCAUGUGAGGACGAUGAACGGGCCGUUUCCGGAAUGGCGAAGCGAGAGCGUGGAAAGGGCCGCAUCUCGUGGGAGGUGCCACUAGAGUUUGCUUGUCACGAUCCUUGGCGCCCUAUUUUGAGGGGUGAAGGAGGCUCGUGUUGUUUCUGCGCAGAGAAACGUCCGAUAGGCCUGUUGGAACUCGAUCUCCAAGCUGUCAAAUGGCUUCGAGUGUUUCAAUAGAGUGGGAUCUAAGGUUGGUGCGAACGGGAAAGCACAGGCUCGACCAAGCUGGCGUAAGGGACCGCGCCCAUCGGGAUGUGGGCUGAGGGGGGUUGGACGUCGCCUUGCCUCGCGGCCACUCUCGCGCGAAUGAUGUAGUGUGGUCCGAGUUGGGAUGCACUAACCGUUGUUCUGCAGUCGUUUUGCGAGUUUUCUUGGGUUGGUUGUGCCAGAGCUACGGAUACCAAGCCGUUGAGUUAUUGAAAGCUGGGUGCGAAAGUCUCCCGCUUUGUCUCUGAGCUAGGCACAACUACAGUCUACGGGUACGCUACCAUGACACUAUGCCUCGUGAGCGCAAAGACGGCGAGGUAAAUCGACGAUGGAGUCAACCUUUCUACUCCACAGGCAACGCUGAUUGGCCGGCAUAUGCCGUCCAGAUGCCACAUCUAAGGCAUCAUACUGUUAUCGGCCUGAGAAAGGCUCACUAGGGCGAGUAAAAAGACAAGUUCAACAUGUACAAGAAGUGUAUGUACUUGACUAGAUCAUGAUUAAGGGCUACGGCAUACUCGUAAGGUUUGCCUACGGAGUAAACACGGGAUCGGACUGAUAGCAUGUGCUCAAGUGAAGAUAGAGAUAGUCAACCAACACUGGCAUUAGCGGCCACUCCCAUUGUUGACCAACAAGUUCGGCGAGCCCUUAGGGUCCGCAACAGCGUCCGGGAUAGCCAACUCGAGGAUCCGGCCCGUGACCAUAUCCGGAGUCCCAAGGCCGCCCUCCAGCCCGCGGAGGUAGCAGACAAGCCCGGAGACGAGCGCCGUGGACAUGCUGGUGCCCGUCUUGGUAGAGACGCCGUCGUCGGCGCGGGCGCUCGCGCUGGCGAUGUCUAACCCCGGCGCGAAGACGUCGAGCUCGGGCCCGUAGUUGCUGCCCUCGAGGCCCUCGCGGAGUUGGCCGCGGGCGCGGUCGCGCUGCGUCAUGCCGACUGUGAAGGCCUGGGGCAGGCUGCCUGGUGAGAUGCCGCGCACCGGUUCUGCCUCCGUGUUAGUCACCAGUUGGCCUGAUGUUGAUGUAUGGGGAUUUCGGGGGUGAUGCGUUUAUAUAGAGUAUCUUAGGGUAUCAUGCGC